CUCGCAAUGCCAACAAUCUCAGCUUUAUUCGUGAUGGAAACUAAAUAAGCAAGGUAAACGUACCAGAAGGUGACUGCAUCCGACUUCUGGUUCCUUCCACCACUUGUCGCCAUUCCCCGUACUCGAGCUACUGGAGGCGAUGAGAUCAAACCACCCCCAUUUCUCAAACCCUAUAAGACAAACGAACCCAACUUCAACCUUCACGCUUCCAAAAAUCCGAGAAAAGUGAGCUAAAUGCCGCUCCGUUUAGUUCACUAUUAUCUCUUUUCCCAAACCCGUUCCUCCGCCGGCGCAUCAGCUCCGCUCCGCCGAUUUCUCCAAUGUCGGCCGAUUCCCCGUCCAACUUUCCCGGCGAGUGAUCGGCCCUCACUUCCGAUCGGAGAUGAACUAAUCAAGAUGAUUCGGGAUCUCAAGGCCAACCGAGUUCGGAACGAUCUUCCCCCUCCUGACAUGAAUUAUGCAGUAAUGGAAUCUGGAUCGAUAACGGCGGCGGAGGUGAAGAAGGUGCUGAGGGUAACGGAGAUGGAGGCGGUGAAGUCGCGGCUGAGGGUGAUUUCACGGAGCCAUAUUUCAUGGUCGGAAUUCAUCUGCAUCUGCCGCAAUGUUACGAGCACGGAGGAAAACGCGGCGGCGAUUGCGAGGUCUUUGGAUGAGUGCGGUUUCGUGAUUGCGUUCAGAGAUCUGGUCAUUCUUCGUCCCGGCGAGAUAACGAGCGCCAUUGAAAAGGCCAUCCCACUGCCAUUCACCAACCAGAAGGACCAGAAGAUGAUAAAGGAGCUAAUGGAGAUGGAGGGGAAGAAGGCGGAGAUAGACAAGAAGGCGAUAGCCGGCGUGCGCCGAGAGCUCUGGUGCGGGCUAGGGUUUCUGGCAGCCCAAACGCUAGGGUUAAUGAGACUCACAUUCUGGGAGCUUUCUUGGGACGUCAUGGAGCCCGUCUGCUUCUUUCUGACAUCCACCUAUUUCAUGGCAGGCUAUGCCUUCUUCCUCCGGACGUCCAAAGAGCCUUCCUUUCAAGGCUUCUUUGAAUCCCGAUUUGCCUCCAAGCAGAAGCGAAUGAUGAGGGAGUGUGGUUUUGAUUUGCAUAGGUUUAACAGGCUUAGAUUGGAAUGAGGCUUGGUCAUGGAUUUUGUUAAUGAAAACAAUUAAAGAAUUGAAAUUGGAUGAGUUGGAUUAAACAAAAAAAAAGGAGAAAUUUU